CCCUAAACCGCUAGCACCACUUUCCCACCCAACUCGCCAUGGAAGCGGACGAGGCCCCUCACCCGCCGCCGCCGUGGAAGCAGAACAAGUCGGCCGUGGCCAUCGAGGCCUCGUCGGGGCCCCUCGCCUCCGCCGCCGCGCGCCUGUCGGCCCGCUCCCGCGCGAUCCCUCCCGCCCGUGACUUCCAUUUCUACAACAACUUCCCCUCCUUCAAGUCCCCCGUCGCCGCCGCCGCCGCCAGGGCCGAAUCCUCCCUAGGUGUCCUCGCGGCCUCCACGCUCCUCCCCAAACAGCAGCAGCAGCAGCAGCCGCCUUUCCCCACGGAGGAUCUCGACGACGCCUACGACUGGCUUGUCUCCCGCAAUGACGACCUGCUCGAGAUGUUCGCCGCCUCCGCGGACGAGUUCAAGUCGCUGCGGGAGAAGGAGGAGGCCCAAGGCCGGAAGGUCGCGGCAGAAGAGAUGGCUGGGGACGGGUUCCAGGUUGUUUACGGCAAGAAGAAGAAGAAGAUGGGUAUGGGAGAGGAAGGAGUUGGCAGAAGUGAGGCCUUUGGACCUUCUGGUUCGGUUAGGAUGGCCACCAUGCAUAGGGCUGCAGCAUCAGGGCCAAAGCCAAAGGUGCCCUUCCACAUCCCCACCAUCCCACGCCCGCAGGACGUGCACCGCAUUGUGGUGGACAACACUAGCAAGCCAUUCGACCAUGCCUUCCUUGAACGCAGCGAUGAUGGUGCCCGUGCCAUACACCCACUGGAAAAACUCCCCAUGGAGCAACUAUUUGACAGGCGUGUUCCUGAAAGUGAGCCACUAAAACCACCUGCUUUAGAUGACACCCCUUUUACAUUUGUUGAAGACCGGAGAACCUUGGAAGUGUUGGUGACAAAGCUGAAGAGUGCAACUGAGUUUGCUGUUGAUUUGGAACACAACCACUAUAGGUCUUUUCAGGGUCUCACCUGCCUGAUGCAGAUUUCAACUAGAACUGAGGACUUUAUUGUAGACACUCUUAAGCUCCGCAAUUGUCUCGGUGAGAACUUAAGAGAAGUUUUUCAAGAUCCAACUAAGAAGAAGGUAAUGCAUGGGGCAGGUCGUGAUAUAAUAUGGCUUCAAAGAGACUUUGGAAUAUAUGUGUGCAACCUUUUCGACACUGGGCAGGCUUCAAGAAUCUUACAAAUGGACCGCAACAGCCUGGAGCAUCUUCUGCAAUAUUUCUGUGGAGUGACAGCAAACAAAGAAUAUCAGAGUGCAGAUUGGAGGCUGAGGCCACUUCCUGAUGAAAUGACCAAGUAUGCUAGGGAAGAUACACACUAUCUGCUCUACAUAUAUGACUUGAUGCGAUUGCGAUUGGUUAAUGAGUCUUCAGGCGAUGAUCUUCUUUUGGAGGUUUGCAAGCGCAGCAAUGAAAUUUGCUUGCAACUAUAUGAGAAGGAGCUGCUGACCGAUUCAUCAUACCUUUACAUACAUGGGUUGAAAGAAAAUGACUUGAGUGCAAGGCAGCUGGCAGUUCUUGCUGGUCUAUAUCAAUGGAGAGAUGGUGUUGCUCGUGCUGAGGAUGAGAGCACUGGUUAUAUAUUACCCAAUAAGACUCUACUUGAAAUAGCCAAGCAGAUGCCUGUGACCACUGGGAGGUUAAAAAGAACAGUUAAGUCAAAAAAUAAAUUUCUUGAGCACUAUCUCGGACAUGUCAUUACUACCAUAAGGAAUGCUGUCGCAAAUGCCGAUGCUUUUGAAAGUAUAGCUGAGCAACUGAAGAAAGGAAGGCUGGAAGAGUUAAUGGUGGCAGAAGUGAAGGACGGCGCUGAAGACACUGAAAUGAUUUCUGCCGUCGAUGCUGAUAGUAAUGAAAGUAAUCUUCAGCUGAUUGAACCUGUUGUAGCUCCCACAGUGAUUACAAACAUCCAUACUUCUUUCUGUACUGGGAAUGUUACGAGCGGAGCUUCUUUAGGUAAUUUGCAACUAGAUAACGUCACACCUGAAACCAAGAGCUUUGGGGCGUUGCCAGGCGCUACUGGGCAAGCAGAUACAGUGAUACCGAGCAAUAGUGGUCAGCAGCAAGUAAGAGAAUCAUUUGCCUUUGUUUGCUAUAUUUCUUCUGCUGUAUCAGUAUCUAAGCAGCUCCAUUUUCAGGUAAUAAAGGCAACAGUUCAAGUAUCGAAGAGACCUACGGCUUUUGGUGCUCUGUUAGGAAAACCCUCUUCCGCAAGAAGGUCAAAUCUAUUUCCAGGAUUUUCAAGUGACCAGAGUAAAAGCAAGGUGGAGAAGAUCAAGUCUUCCGUGGUACUGCCUUUCCAUCAUUUCUCAGGUGGUGCAAAUCCUGCAGCAACUAGCCUUCCAGUAGCAAAAUCGGUGGAACCUGAAGCGGAAAUCAUGUGCGAUGAUCCUGCUUCUCAGAUGGAGGAAGUGAUCCAGCUGGACACUGGAACAGAUGACCCAGAAAACGGCAACGCAGAUGGACAGAGCGAGUGCAAACCUGGAGACACUGAUGUGUCUAGCUCCCCUCCUGAGCUUUCCUCUGGCAUCGAGCAGCGCUUCAGACCCCUCAACGAGAGCAGAGACCUUCAACAGAAGCACCAAGCACCGGAAGAACCAGAAUUUAACGACCAGCUUAAGGCCUUUGAUUAUGCUGAAGCUAGAAAGAAUACUUCAUUUGGAGAGGUUAGAUCUGAGAGAAGAAAGGACAAUGCAGUGGCCAGGGCAAUCAAUGCGGAUUCUGGAGAUAAACGUAGAAGUUCGAAACAAAUCCCGGGUGGCGGCGAAGAGGAUGAGGGGAAUUUCCAGAAUCCACGAAGGCGACAGGCUUUCCCACCUUCGGGCAACAGGAGUGCCACGUACCAUUAGUUAGUGGAGAGAUGUACUACCGGACCGAGGCAUUGUAUGUAACCUAAAGAGUACAGGUUGAAGUGGAACAGCGCGCAUGAUUUGGCAUUUCUCGGCAAGUCAUUGGAAAUGCUGUUCUGUGAGAUACUAUGGACGCCUGUUUGACGACCAACACAAAAUGGAUCGGCUCCAACCUUCUUCUGGUUGUUUGACUAAUACAAACAAAAAUCUGAUUGAAAAAAGAAACUACUAUGACACAUCAAUUCUCAUGGAAACCAUGCAUUGAUUCCUGUGUUUAUUUUUGUGUAUGUGAUACGGGGGCAAACCCGUGAUUGUCGAUCUUUUCACACUUAGAGGGGAAAGGGAGAAAA